CUCACUGUUUACGCCCUGCAUGGCAGACCGGCAUACCUAAUAAAGCGGCGAAGGAGCAUCACGGUAAUAGGACAGUUUCGGAGGACUGGGUGUGCGUUCAUGAAGCCUGUGGGGGUUUACAGGCUUCAUCUGGUCAUGCAUGUUAAGUAUGCAUAGAGGAAGGACAGACACAUCUACACUAGAUUUUCCAACCACAGAAGACGCUGCCUUCAAACAUCUUCAACAUCUGAAGAAAGUGUGACUUCCAUACAUUAUGUUACAUGUUAUGUGAUCUACGUGCUGAUGAGGUUCAAGAGAUGAGAGCAGCAAUGAGUUCAACUGCAGCAGCGAGUGGAGUCGUUCUCUUCCUUCUCUCUCUACCAGUGGUACAGGGUAGGAAUGGUUGGUCAGUGGAUUACACUUCUACUCAGAUCUGUGCUUUAAAAGGAUCAACAGUGACCAUAGGCUGCUCCUUCACAUUCCCAUACAGUGAAAAUGGUCGUACUACAACUGUAAACAAAAAAGUGUGGUUCGUUAAAGGGAAUGAUUAUGACCCUGAUGAUCUGAAAACAGACUCAGCGUAUGCAGGUCGACUGAUGUAUGAUUCUUAUUGGUGGAGCUGCACUCUGAAGAUCAGAGAGCUGAGAGAGAGCGACUCAGCUGUGUACAAGUUCAGGUUUGAAACAAACCAAGAAGGUGGAAGUUAUACUGGUUCACCUGGAGUCACUCUGACUGUCACAGCUCUUCAUGUGGACACUUCAUCAUAUUAUAACUGGGCAAAACUGACAUGUCAAAGCAGCUGUCGACUACCUAAUCGUCCCUCCUUCAUCUGGUACAAAAAUGGACAGAAAAUUUAUGGCCAAACCAACAUGUAUUUAUACCCAGAAAUACCAAAUCCUUCAGAUAGCUACUCCUGUGCUGCAAGUGGUCAUGAAGCUCUCCCGUCUCCUUCAGUGUGUGUCCAAGGUGAUUCAUGCAACAGAGUGAAUUACAGUAACAGAAACAUCUGUGCUUUCAAAGGCUCAUCAGUGGAUAUUUCCUGUACUUACAACAGUUAUCAACAAAUAGAAUCAAAAUCAUGGUUCUAUUCUGGUCGUGGAUCUGAGGAUCUUAGUAAAGUUUCCCAGCAUGAAGGUCGUGUUGAGGUCACUGACACAGAGAGAGGACGCUCCACUCUGAGAAUCAGAGACCUCAGAGAGAGCGAUUCAGCCGAGUAUCACUUCAAAUUCAAAACGCAAAGCUUUGAAUGGACGAGCAGUUUACCUGGAACAACUCUGACUGUCACAGAUGUUCAGGUCCAAGUCACUGGACGGCGUUUGGAUUGUGUCACCAGGUGUAAUCCUUACGUUUCAUCCUAUGUCUGGUACAUAGAUGGAAAACAAGUGGAUGGAGCCAGCUCUGCUUCUUAUGAAAUAUCAAACUCAUAUGACUAUAAAAACAGCUACUCAUGUGCUUUAAAAGGAUUUGAGGAUUUUCACUCUCCAUUAAUUUAUGCUCCAAAAGUUGUUUCAGCUGUGGCAAAUUACUCUGCUGAGAUGAUGGAGGGCAGCUCAGUGACUCUGACCUGUAGCAGUGAUGCUAACCCAGCAGCUAAUUACACCUGGUACAAAGAACAAACAGUGCUCAGCAGACAACAGCAGGUCUUCAUCAGGUCCAUGAACUCCUCUGACUCUGGAGAGUAUCACUGUACAGCUGAGAAUGAGCUGGGUAGGAGGACAUCUGAAUCCAUCUCUGUGGAUAUGAAAUAUGCUCCAAAAGUUGUUUCAGCUGUGGCAAAUUACUCUGCUGAGAUGAUGGAGGGCAGCUCAGUGACUCUGACCUGUAGCAGUGAUGCUAACCCAGCAGCUAAUUACACCUGGUACAAAGAACAAACAGUGGUCAGCAGACAACAGCAGGUCUUCAUCAGGUCCAUGAACUCCUCUGACUCUGGAGAGUAUCACUGUACAGCUGAGAAUGAGCUGGGUAGGAGGACAUCUGAAUCCAUCUCUGUGGAUGUGAAAUAUGCUCCAAAGCUUCCCUCUGUGUCAGUGAGUCCCUCUGCUGAGAUAGUGGAGGGCAGCUCAGUGACUCUGACCUGUAGCAGUGAUGCUAACCCAGAAGCUAAUUACACCUGGUACAAGGAGAACAAAUCACUGUUUCAUGGGUCAGUGGGAGAGCACAGUUUCUCCGUCCACUCUAAACACAGUGGGAACUACUUCUGCAAAGCUGAGAAUCAACAUGGACAGACAAACUCUUCAUCUUUGUUCAUAGAUGUCCAGUAUGCUCCAAAGCUUCCCUCUGUGUCAGUGAGUCCCUCUGCUGAGAUAGUGGAGGGCAGCUCAGUGACUCUGACCUGCAGCAGUGAUGCUAACCCAGCAGCUAAAUACACCUGGUACAAGGAGGAUGAAGACUCACCAAAAGCAUCAGGACAGAACUUCACCAUCACUGAUGUCAGACAUGAACACAGUGGGAGUUAUUACUGUGAAGCCAAGAACAGAAGAGGACGUCAGAACUCCACCUCUUGCCAGAUUAAUAUAGCAAGUUCAGUGAACUCAGCUGCAGUUGGAUCAAUCACUGUCCUCUUUUUGACUCUCCUAAUCCUCUCUGCAAUCAUAGUCAUUAGAAAAAGAAGGUCCUUAACACAGUUUUUCUCCAGAGAGAGGCCAAACAGCAAAGUACAGCAAAGUGUGUGUCCUAAAUAUGAGGACCCUUCAGCUGCAGCACAGAGUGCAGCAGCAGAGCAGCAGGAGGACCUUUGCUAUGCCAGUGUAAGUUUCUCAAAGAACCAAGACGAUCCCGUCUACUCCAACAUUAAGCCCACUAAACCCAGCAGGCAAAAAGAAGAGGACGAGGAAGAGGCCGAGUACACUCUUGUAAAGUUUAGCAAUGGAGCCCAAGGAUUAAGAGGUCAACAAGCUGUGGAAGAUUCAUGUGCACUGUACAGCACAGUCAACAAAAUCUGCUGAGUACAAGCAUGAACAUGAAUCUGUGGCCUUGCCCAGUGUACAUGGUGGAUGUAUUCAUAGAGUACAAAAAAAUGCAGCUCAGAAAAUAUUGAUGAAUCACUGAUUUGUAGGUGAAACAUUUGUGCACUUGGUUUAAGCACAGAUUUAUUUUUCCUGCUCAGAGAACUCACUGACAGACUGCAGUACCAUCACCAACCAGUGUCAUUCACUUUACCUGUCAGUGCUGUGGCUCAUCAGUAUAUGCAUAUUGUCAGUCUUACUUCAUUCAUCUUCUAAUUAGUUAAUUCCAAAGCAUUACAGCACCUUCAGCACUGAUAACUUAUUGUUCUGCUCAUCUCACAACUCUCAGAGCUUUUAUUUGUCCUUUAAGACUGUGAUUUGUUCACCAAUGCUUUCACCCUCUGCCAGUAAUCUGACUGGACUGUGAGAAAUCUUGGAGUCAUUUUUGAUCAGGAUAUGUCCUGCAGUGCACAUAUUAAGCAAAUAUGAAGGAAUGCUUUUUUGCAUUUGUGCAAUAUUUCUACAAUUAGAAACAUCC